CAGCCGCGGCCGCUGCGCCCCGCACCGAGAGGUUGGAGACGGCUCCUGGCGUCGCCCAAAGGGAGCGAUUGAGCGAACAGAGUCCGGCGCGGCGGCGGCGGGCGGCGAGGGGGAGCCGCUACGAGUACCCUCGCUCCCCGCCGCUCUCGAUGAACCCGGCGGAAUAAGCCGCCUCUCCAGCAGGAGCUGCGCCUCCAUGAAUCCUUAGUUGUUUUUUUUUUUUUUUUUUCCUCUUUUUCUCCCGGCUCCUCACCUCCCACCCCGGCUCUCGUCCCGCCUUCUCCCUUCACCAGCGGCGGCCGCUUUCAGGUGCGGAGUCCAGAGCGGAGCGCAAUGGCGUCCAACCCCGAGAGGGGGGAGAUUCUGCUCACGGAACUGCAGGGAGAGCCCCGAAGUCUUCCAUUUUCUGAGAAUGUGAGUGCUGUUCAAAAAUCAGACUUUUCAGAUAUAGUGGUGCAACAGAAAUUGGAUGACAUCAAGGAUCGAAUCAAAAGAGAAAUAAGGAAAGAACUGAAAAUCAAAGAAGGAGCUGAAAAUCUGAGGAAAGUAACAACAGAUAAAAAAAGUUUGGCUUAUGUAGACAACAUUUUGAAAAAAUCAAACAAAAAAUUAGAAGAACUACAUCACAAGCUGCAAGAAUUAAAUGCACAUAUUGUUGUGUCAGAUCCAGAAGAUGGUACAGAUUGCCCAAGGACUCCAGAUACUCCAAAUAGUGACCCUCGUUGUUCUACUAGCAGCAAUAGAUUGCUGGCCUUACAAAAACAAUUGGAUAUAGAACUUAAAGUAAAACAAGGUGCAGAGAAUAUGAUACAAAUGUAUUCAAAUGGGUCUUCAAAAGAUCGGAAACUCCAUGGUACAGCUCAGCAACUGCUCCAGGACAGCAAGACAAAAAUAGAAGUCAUACGAAUGCAGAUUCUUCAGGCAGUCCAGACCAAUGAAUUGGCUUUUGAUAAUGCAAAACCAGUGAUAAGUCCUCUUGAACUUCGGAUGGAAGAAUUAAGGCAUCAUUUUAGGAUAGAGUUUGCAGUAGCAGAAGGUGCAAAGAAUGUAAUGAAAUUACUCGGCUCAGGAAAAGUAACAGACAGAAAAGCACUUUCAGAAGCUCAAGCAAGAUUUAAUGAAUCAAGUCAGAAGUUGGAUCUUUUAAAGUACUCAUUAGAGCAAAGAUUAAAUGAACUUCCUAAGAAUCAUCCUAAAAGCAGUAUUAUUAUUGAGGAGCUUUCACUUGUUGCAUCACCAACACUAAGUCCACGGCAAAGCAUGAUAUCUACACAAAACCAAUAUAGUACAUUAUCUAAACCAGCAGCAUUAACAGGUACUUUGGAAGUUCGUCUUAUGGGCUGCCAAGACAUCCUAGAGAAUGUCCCUGGACGAUCAAAAGCAACAUCUGUUGCUCUACCUGGUUGGAGUCCGAGUGAAACCAGAUCAUCUUUCAUGAGCAGAACGAGUAAAAGUAAAAGUGGAAGUAGUCGAAAUCUCCUAAAAACCGAUGACUUGUCCAAUGAUGUCUGUGCUGUUUUGAAGCUAGAUAAUACUGUGGUUGGUCAAACUAGCUGGAAACCCAUUUCCAAUCAGUCAUGGGACCAGAAGUUUACACUGGAACUAGACAGGUCACGUGAACUGGAAAUUUCAGUUUAUUGGCGUGAUUGGCGAUCUCUGUGUGCUGUAAAAUUUCUGAGGUUAGAAGAUUUUUUAGACAACCAACGGCAUGGCAUGUGUCUAUAUUUGGAACCACAGGGUACUUUAUUUGCAGAGGUUACCUUUUUUAAUCCAGUCAUUGAAAGAAGACCAAAACUCCAAAGACAAAAGAAAAUUUUUUCAAAACAGCAAGGCAAAACGUUUCUCCGAGCUCCUCAAAUGAAUAUUAAUAUUGCCACAUGGGGAAGGCUAGUAAGAAGAGCUAUUCCUACAGUAAAUCAUUCUGGCACCUUCAGCCCUCAAACUCCUGUGCAUGCAACAGUGCCAGUGGUUGAUGUGCGUAUUCCUGAGCUAGCACCUCCAGCUAGUGAUUCUACAGUAACCAAAUUGGACUUUGAUCUUGAGCCGGAACCUCCUCCAGCCCCACCAAGAGCUUCUUCCCUUGGAGAAAUAGAUGAAACUUCUGAAUUAAGAGUUUUGGAUACACCUGGACAGGACUCAGAAACAAUUUUUGAUAUUGAGAAUGACAGGAAUAGUAUUCUUCCCAAAUCCCAGUCUGACUAUGAGCCUGAUAUUCAAGACUCAAGCCUAGGAUAUAGUGGUCGAGAACUUGAGGAUAGAAGAUCUGAGCAAAGGUUUCAGUUUAAUCUACAAGAUUUCAGAUGUUGCGCUGUCUUGGGAAGAGGACAUUUUGGGAAGGUGCUUUUGGCAGAAUAUAAACACACAAAUGAGAUGUUUGCUAUAAAAGCCUUAAAGAAGGGAGACAUUGUAGCUCGAGACGAAGUAGACAGCCUGAUGUGUGAAAAAAGAAUUUUUGAAACUGUGAAUAGUGUAAGGCAUCCCUUUUUGGUGAAUCUUUUUGCAUGUUUCCAAACCAAAGAGCAUGUUUGCUUUGUAAUGGAAUAUGCUGCCGGUGGGGACCUAAUGAUGCACAUUCAUACUGAUGUCUUUUCUGAACCAAGAGCUGUAUUUUAUGCUGCAUGUGUAGUUCUUGGGUUGCAGUAUUUACAUGAACACAAAAUUGUUUAUAGAGAUUUGAAAUUGGAUAACUUAUUGUUAGAUACAGAAGGCUUUGUGAAAAUUGCUGAUUUUGGUCUUUGCAAAGAAGGAAUGGGAUAUGGAGAUAGAACAAGCACAUUUUGUGGCACCCCUGAAUUUCUUGCCCCAGAAGUAUUAACAGAGACAUCCUAUACCAGGGCUGUAGAUUGGUGGGGCCUUGGUGUACUUAUAUAUGAAAUGCUCGUUGGGGAGUCUCCCUUUCCUGGUGAUGAUGAAGAGGAGGUUUUUGACAGUAUUGUAAAUGAUGAAGUAAGGUAUCCAAGGUUCUUAUCUACAGAAGCUAUUUCCAUAAUGAGAAGGCUGUUAAGAAGAAAUCCUGAGCGUCGCCUUGGAGCUGGGGAGAAAGACGCAGAGGAUGUAAAGAAGCACCCGUUUUUCCGGCUAAUUGAUUGGAUUGCUCUGAUGGACAAAAAAGUAAAGCCACCAUUUGUACCUACUAUCAGAGGACGGGAGGAUGUUAGUAAUUUUGAUGAUGAAUUUACCUCAGAAGCACCUAUUCUGACUCCGCCUCGAGAACCAAGGAUACUUUCAGAAGAGGAGCAAGAAAUGUUCAGAGAUUUUGACUACAUUGCUGAUUGGUGUUAAGUUACUAGACACUGUGAAACCAAGCAGACUGACUCACAAGAAGACCUCUUAAAAAUAGCAACCCUUCAUUUGCUCUCUGUGCCACCAAUAGCUUCUGAGUUUUUUUAAAAAAUACAUGAAGAUUUGUUUAAAAGUGCUAUUUUAAUACCUUCUUGAAAAGUGGCCUCUCACUGUUUUUCAACAAAUCUGAGCACUGGAACCAGUUUCACGGAGUUUAGGCUGAAUGAACCUUGGCCAUGAAAAUCCAUCACAGAUGAAUACUUUUGGAUCAAUAAUCUAUUUUAAAAAAAAGAAAGAAAGAAAAAGAACCACUCUUUUAUAGUCACUAUCUUUGCCCUGUGUCUGCCUUAAGUAGAAAGAAGAUUGAUCACUUAACUGUUUUACAAGAAGGAAAGAGUAGGGCUUGGAAUGCUAUUACCAUUCACAUAAAGCAUGAUUCUGUUUGACUAAGGCAACUGCUCUUAUUUUUUAAAAAAAGAAAUUAUUAUAAUAACAAAAACUGUAAUGGUAGUUUGUAUACCCUUGGUGGCUUGAUUUUUGAAAACAAUGAAUUGAUGGCUUCUUUUGUAAAUUUUCUAUAUUUAUCAUGAGAAAAAAUUUUAUUGCCUUAUCUUUACCAACCAUGUAACAGAACCUCAUAGCUUUCCAACAGAGCUACUUGCCAAACAGUUUUUUAUUAAACAAUGCUAAAGAAAUGGGAACAUCGGCAUUUACUUAAAAUAUUAAGAAUGGAGACUUUUAAUCACCCUGAACCAAGAUACUGUAUUACCUUCAUGCAUUCCCAAAUAGACAUCCAUUAUGUUUAUGUUCAGUCAUAUCUUCUUCCAGAAUCAGUGAACUGAUUACCCCUUUUUUGAAACGCAUUCUACAUUUAUCGACGUAGCUAACUUUGUUCUUGUGUCUGCUGUAGAAGGGAACUAUAUCUUUGUUAAACCUUAGGGAUUAUCAUUGUAUACAUGCUGUGAACAUGUAUAUGUGCAAGUUGUAAUGUAUUCUGUGUUGUAGGCUUAUUAUUUAAUUUCACCACUUCAUCACUUUUGUACAGUGGCCAAGCAGACACCUCAGAUUCCAGCAUUUACAUUAAGUGCAUUUGUACAUUUUAGGCCACUGAAUCCAGAUUUUUAUAUUGGCAGUUACUGAGGGCAAAAGCAAUAUAUUGUAACAGAAUGUAUAAAUAUUUUUGAUAAAACAGUCUAUAUUUUAUAAAAAAGUUAUUAUAACACUAAAGCUGUACCUCAAAAGUCUCAAAAAUAAUUUGAUCAAAUGCUUUUUACAACUCUUCAGAGGAUCCGUUUGUGGCUUUUUAUAUCUUAUGGUAUGUCUUUUUGCAAAUCAUGACUUUGAACUUACAUGAAGUUUGGGGUUUUUUUAUUUUGUUUUUAAUUUUUUUUUUCUUCCUAGCUCAUUACUUCAUUGUUUUUCCUUAGUUCAACAGCAACAUCUUUGAUCCUGUACUUAGCAUGUUAGGGUCAUUAUACCUCAGGAAUAGCAAGUUUUUAACUAACCAUACUGAAUUAGCCAUUUAAUCAUAAUGAGCUCAUCUCUUAAGAAUUGUUCAAGUUUAAAUCUUGUGAGAAACAUGAAAGUGUACUGAACUAUGAAGAGUUGAGCUUAAAACAAGUAUUUCAGCCUUAGUAGGCAUGUUUUUAUUAUACUCUGAAAACAGUUAAAAUUGUCCAGGAAUAAUUCUUAUUACCUUCCAAAUUAUUACCCAAAAUCUUUUGGGAAAAAUCUUGUAAAAAAAGGAAAACCAUGUUGUUUAAAGUUAUUUUAAAAUGCCAGUUAACUAGGAACUAAACAUAAUUGUCUGGCUUUAAUUUAAACAGUAUUAAUACAACAUUACAAUAAAACACUAAAUACUUUUGAGGUACAGUCUGCUCACCUUUGCUGGUUCUCAACUAUGCAUAGAAAGCAAUGUCUAAAAUGGGCUUAUAGCAUUAAAAACUGACAGCAUUUUAUAACUACACAGUGUACAGAAGAAUUUUUUUAAUUGAAGUCAAUCACUAAAAAAAAUUAGAGGGCAGGGUAUAUUCACACAAUUAAGCUGAAGAAAGCACUAAUUUUUUCUGUAGUUUUAAAUAUAUAUAUAUAUAUUUUAGAUUUAAAAUUUUUAAGAGUGUAAAUAUAUUUUGCUAUUACUGUAUGUGUAUGUGACUGCUCAAGCACUUUGUAAGGAAACUAAGAUAUUUUAGAAUGGUACACUAUGCAUUCAGAUGAAUUGUGCCUUUAUGUCAUUCUAAGAAAAAAGUGUUUUGCAGUCAUAAAUUACCACAAAUGCACAAAUUAAAGUUUAAAUAGAAUGAAAUUUGUAACUUUGGUUUUAAGUAUUAUUUUCAUUUAGAAAUAUCCUAGUGAUUAAAAUAUGCAUGUUUUAAUAUAUUCAAGCUCUCAAAAACUAAUUUAAGUUGGCCUUCUUAAAGGUACUUUUGUUCUGGGGAAGGCUAAAACCAUGCAAAUUCACAGCAAAUUUUCUACUUCACCUGGGAUAAUGGGGAAAUUUUGAAUUGUAUUCUUGUGAAAUCAUUACCAUCUACCAUUCAGUGGGUAUUUAUGGAAAGCCCACUGGCUGUCCACUGAUGAUAGGAAGAUGGAAGGAAAUAAGGCAACAAAGUAUUCAAAAUAAAGAGCAGCAGGUAUUAAUAUUAUAAAA